AUGUCGUGCUACGACUUCGAUUCCUGCUGCGACUUCGACAUCGACAUCGACAUCGACUUCGACUUCCUACUGCGAGCCUGCGACUUCGACUUCGACUUCGACUUCGACAACGACUUCCUUUGUCUUGCUAUGUUAGGUGCUGGCUCUCUCAAUACCAGUGGUUCAGCCACUGGUUCAGCUUCUACUCCAUCCGUCUCGAGUGGUGGUGUUGAGGAUUCGGGCAAAACUCUAUGGAGAUAUGUCAAAAGACAAGAAAAGGAUAGUGAUGGUGGUGGUGGAGGAAAUGUCUCAUGGGAGUGUAAUUUUUGCCACAUGCAAAAAAGUACUUCUUACACUAGGGUGAGAGCACAUUUGUUGAAAGUGCCUAGGUUAGGGAUUUUCGGUUGUAAAAAUGUUACUAGCAAAGAUAUUGCGGAGAUGCAAAAAUUGGAGGAGGAAGCUAAGAAUAGAGAAAUGUCAAGUGCACCAAAGAAAGUACCACUACCACCUUCUACUAUGUUUCCUGGUGGAUUGUAUGCAAGUUAUGCAACUGGUUUUGAAUCAAAGAAAAGAAAGGAGGCUGGAAGUUCUAAUCCACCUUCUCCUCUUGAGAAGUCUUUUAAUUUGCAGGCUCAAAAUCAGUUACAUGCUGUCAUUGUAAGAUUUUUCUAUGCAUCAGGCUUGCCAUUUCACUUAGCAAGGAUUCCAUACUAUGUGAGUUUGUUCUUAUUUGCAUGUAGCCAUAAUUUGGCAGGUUAUUUGCCUCCAGGGUAUAACUUAUUGAGAACAACUUUGCUCCAACAAGAAAAGGCAAAUGUGGAGCGAUUGUUGCAGCCAAUCAAAAGCACAUGGCGAGAGAAAGGAGUAAGCAUCGUGAGUGAUAGAUGGAGUGACUCACAAAGAAGGCCUUUGAUCAAUUUUAUGGUGGUGUCUGAAAGUGGGCCUAUGUUUCUGAUGACAGUUGAUUGUUCUGGUGAGACCAAAGACAAAUUCUUUAUCUUUAACUUGAUGAAAGAAGUGAUUGAAGAAGUUGGUCCUCAGAAUGUGGUUCAAGUGAUUACAGAUAAUGCAAAGAAUUGUGCAGGUGCAGGACUUCUUGUUGAAGGAUUGUAUCCUAAUAUUGUUUGGACACCAUGUGUGGUUCACACACUCAAUCUUGCCUUGCAGAAUAUUUGGGAAACAAUCAAGUAG